AUGACCUCCAGCAUAGACCGGAAUGACAGUAGUAUUUUUGAUGGGUUAAUGGAAGAAGAUGAGAAGGACAAAGCAAAAAGAGUUUCAAGGAACAAGUCAGAGAAGAAGAGGAGAGACCAGUUCAAUGUGCUCAUCAAGGAACUGGGAACCAUGUUGCCAGGCAACACCCGCAAGAUGGACAAGUCCACCAUCCUACAGAAAAGCAUUGACUUUCUGCGCAAGCACAAAGAAAUUGCUGCACAGUCGGAGUCAAGUGAGAUUCGUCAGGACUGGAAGCCUCCAUUCCUCAGUAACGAGGAGUUUACGCAGCUUAUGUUGGAGGCAUUAGAUGGCUUUUUUCUGGCCAUUAUGACAGAUGGCAAUAUCAUCUAUGUCUCAGAGAGUGUUACAUCCUUACUGGAGCAUCUACCUUCGGAUCUGGUGGACCAGAAUCUGUUGAACUUCCUGCCUCUGGGGGAACACUCUGAGGUGUAUAAAGCUCUUUCCACGCACAUAUUGGAGGGAGAGACCCUCACUCCAGAGUACCUAAAGACAAAAAACCAGCUAGAGUUCUGUUGCCACAUGCUCCGGGGUACAAUCGACCCUAAAGAACCACCCGUCUACGAAUACGUCAAGUUCAUCGGUAACUUCAAGUCCCUCAAUAAUGUGCCUAACUCAACGCGAAACGGCUUUGAAGGGGUGAUCCAGCGAUCGCUGAGGCCUGCUUUUGAGGACAGAGUGUGUUUCAUAGCGACUGUGAGGUUAGCCAAACCGCAGUUUAUCAAGGAGAUGUGUACUGUGGAGGAGCCCAAUGAGGAGUUCACCUCAAGACAUAGUUUAGAAUGGAAGUUUCUCUUCCUGGACCACAGGGCUCCUCCGAUUAUAGGUUACCUACCGUUUGAGGUUCUGGGCACGUCUGGGUAUGAUUACUACCAUGUGGAUGACCUGGAGACUCUGGCCAAGUGCCACGAACACUUGAUGCAGUACGGGAAGGGGAAAUCGUGCUACUAUCGUUUCCUCACCAAAGGUCAGCAGUGGAUCUGGCUCCAGACUCACUACUAUAUCACGUACCACCAGUGGAACUCCAGACCUGAGUUCAUCGUCUGUACUCACACUGUGGUCAGCUAUGCUGAGGUGAGGGCGGAGCAGCGCAGAGAGCUCGGCAUUGAGGAAUCUCCUCCUGAGAUCUCAGCUGACAAGUCUCAAGACUCAGGUUCUGAAUCUCAGUUGAACACCUCCAGCCUGAAGGAGGCGCUGGAGCGUUUCAACCACAGCCGAACGCCCUCCGCCUCGUCACGGAGCUCCCGCAAGUCCUCCUCCCACACUGCCGUCUCUGACCCCACCUCCACUCAGACAAAGCUGCAGACAGACCGCAGCACGCCCCCACGCCAGUCUGUGUCCGCCAUGGAGAUUACAUCACAGCGCAGGUCCUCCAUCAGUAGCCAGUCAAUGAGUUCUCAAAAUACAGGACAAACCAGCUCCAUGAUCUCCCAGGCACCACAGCAACAGCAACUUCAACCCAGUGUUCAGCCUAUGCUGCAGUUCUCCACACAACUGGACGCCAUGCAACACCUGAAGGAGCAGCUGGAGCAACGUACGCGUAUGAUUGAGGCCAACAUCCAAAGGCAGCAGGAGGAGCUGCGACAAAUUCAAGAGGAGUUGCAAAGGGUGCAAGGACAAAGCUUACAGAUGUUCCUACAGCCUGGCGGAGGUGCUUUGAACCUGGGCUCGGUGCAGUUAACGCCAGGGACUACCGUUCAACCAGGAAACACUCUCACCAUGCCAGGCCAGGUGGUUCCUGCAGGCAACCUGCCUAGCGGCUUGGCAUCCACACACACGGCCACACAGCAUUCAGUCCAGCAGCAACCCCAGCAAGCUCCACCCCAACAACAAAGCCUCCUACGAGAGCAGAGCACCGCCCUUACGCAGUCUCAGAGGUCGUCUCACACGUUGCAGUCCCCUCAGGGAGCCCUGCCCGCCUCUCUGUAUAACACCAUGAUGAUCUCGCAGCCCACCCAGGCUAACGUGGUACAGAUCUCCACCAGCCUGAGUCAGAACACAAGCCCCAGCGGAGCCGCUGUCGCCACCUUCUCCCAAGACCGUCAGAUACGGUUUCCAGCAGCUCCUCAGUUACUGACUAAACUGGUCACCGGUCAGAUGGCGUGUGGGGCAGUUAUGGUUCCCACAACCAUGUUUAUGGGGCAGGUGGUGACUGCAUUUGCCCCUCAGCAGGGUCAGGCACAGACCAUAAGCAUUACACAACAGCAGCCAGCACAGACGCAGGAGCAGCAGGCGCAGACGCAGUCGCAGGCGGCUGCAGCAGCAGCACAACAGCAGGGUCAGGCACAGGCACAACUUGCCCAGCAGCAGACGCAGUUCCUACAGGCCCCUAGGCUCCUCCAUGGUAACCAGUCAACCCAGUUGAUCCUGCAGGCAGCGUUCCCACUGCAGCAGCAGGGCACCUUUGCUGCAACGCAACAGCCAACCCAACAACAACUUCAACAGCAGCAGCAGGUGCAACAGCUCCAACAGCAGCACCAGCAGCAGCAACAACAGCUUCAGCAUCAGCACCAACAGCAGCAGCAACAGCUUCAACAACAACAGAUCCAGCAACAGCAGCAGCUCCAACAGCAGCAACACCAACAGCAACAGCAGCUGGCCUCCCAUAGGCCAGACAGCCUGUCAGACCGCUCCAGCGCACCACCCCAGUAA